UCCAUAAUGUUCAAACAUAUAAAUAACAAAGGCGAUAGCAAAUUCUAUUCAUUCCGUUAAUCACAAUGUUAGUGAAAAUCCCAAAAAUGAAUCAAAAACUACAAAUUUUUCUUCUACUGAUAAUUAGUCUGUCAUGUCAAGGCUACGAGACACUAGACCCUAUUCGAGACCAAAUUGUAUUAUAUAAGAAGAGAACAGAGGGCGUAUGCACUCGUUUAACUACAAGCAGUGGCGCACCAGUUGAGAGCCGCGACACUUCAACAUUGAACGAAAACCUGAUGUACAACCCUUUCUUCAUGGAUUCCCUGACUCGCUUCACACGGGAGAGAAUCCAAGAACGUGUCGUUCACGGCAAGGGCUCUGGUGCAUUUGGGUAUCUAGAAGUCACAAAUAAUUUGACACAAUUCACGAAAGCAGAUUUCCUCAACGGUAUCGGCAAGAAAACCCCAGUGGCUGUGAGAUUCUCGCCUACUGUUGUGGAACGGGGCGGCACAGAUAUAAACCGAGCGGGGAGAGGAUUCGCCGUGAAGUUCUACACGCAAGAAGGCAAUUUUGACUUCCUGGGCUUCAAUUCUCCCAUGUUUGCCAUCAAGGAUCCGAUUCUGUUCCCUACUUUUAUCCACUGUCAACACAGAAAUCCCUCGACCGGUCUUCGCGACAACAAUAUGCUUUGGGACUUUUUAACGCUCCAUCCUGAAGCGUUAAACAUGUUCUUUACUAUGUUCGGUGAUGAUGGUAUACCGAGAGGCUAUCGUCAUAUGCCUGGAUUCAGCAUACACACAUACCAGAUGCAGAACAAAGAAGGUGAUAUAUACUUCGCUAGAUUACAUUUCCAACCGGAUGCAGGGAUAGCCAGUAUAACAACAGAAGAGGCUAGAUAUCUGGAAGCAACCGAUCCCGACUAUUUCAGUAGAGAUUUGUACCAAGCAAUCGCGUGUGGAAGGCAGGUUAGCUGGACAUUUUCCCUACAGAUAAUUACUUUAGAACAAGCAUUGAACAGUGACAUCGAUGUAUUUGAUGUGACAUUAGAACUGCCUACAGACAAAUAUCCUCUCACAGAAGUCGGCAAAUUGGUUCUAAAUAAAAACCCAGUCAACCAGUUUGCAGAUGUAGAACAAAUGGCGUUCUGUCCUUGCAAUUUGGUACCCGGUAUAGACGGAGCUCCAGAUAAACUUUUCGAGGCGCGAACUUUCGCGUAUCGAGACACUCAAUUGUACCGUUUAGGUGUAAAUGUCAACAAGAUCAAAGUUAAUAGUCCGAUCGAAGCCAACAAUUAUAAUAGAGACGGAAAUCCACCUGUAGGUGAUAAUGGAGAAGACACACCAAAUUAUUAUCCCAACUCUUUCAAUGGACCAAAAGCAUAUACGGAUAUGAAUAGAUCGAAAUUGAUAGAGAUUGUCGAAAAGAAGCCAAAUAAUACAGCGCAAGUCCGUCAGCGGUAUCGAAAAAUGUCUGACGGGCAGAAGGAACGCUUUAUGAGCAAUCUUAUAGAUAGCCUGGGUCCAACUACACCAUUGCUGCGUGAGAGAGCUGUUAAAUUAUUUACACAAAUUGACCGGGAUCUUGGGAGUCGGGUGUAUCAAGCGCUAAAAGAAUACCAGAGGGAACCAGCUUGUAAAAUGUACUUUUAAUAAUCAGUGUUCAUGGCUUUCUAUUAAAUCAUAUUAUGAUACUACAAUACUAUUAAAAUAAAAUAACGAUUUUCUGCAUUU